AUGCGCCUCCGCGCCGCCGCCGCCGCCCUCUGCCUCUGCCUGCUGGGCGCCUGCCGCCUCCGUCGCGGGCUGGAGGCCGCCGCCGUGCGCGGCCCGUCGGCGGCCGCUCCCCAGCGACCCUCGGCAGCCGCGCCUUCCUCCGCCUCCUCCUCCUCCGCCGCCGCCUCCCCCUUCUCCUCCCCACCGCGGAGGGACGGGGCUCUCCGCAACGGCACGGUGGUGCCGCACCACUACAUGGUGGCCCUGUACCAGCGCCUGGCCGCCCGCCGCGGCCCCGGCGGCCGCGCCGACACCGUCACGGGCUUCGCGGAGCGGGCGCGCAGCGAUGCCUCCCUGUCCGCCUCCGAGCAGCGAUACCUCUUCGACAUCUCCAGCCUGCCUGAGGCAGAGGAGGUGACGGGUGCAGAGCUGCGGAUCCUGCGUGCCCUCCCUGAAAACCAGAGCUUGGCCCUGUCCCCCGAAGGCACCUUCCACCACCUCCUCCUUUCCACCUGCCCAAGCCAGGAUGGUCAGGAGCCCCGACUGCUGGACUCCAGGGCUGCAGACAUUUUGGACGCAGGCUCCUCCAGAUGGGAGGUUUUUGAUGUCUGGGAAGCCUUGCGAGAUCGGAGGGAGAGAUCUCUCUCGGGCAAGCUGCUGUGCUUCCUGCUGAGGAUCGUCUCGGAUCAGUCGGGGCAGCUCCUGCCCCCCCGACAACUGGGGUUCAGCAAGCCCCAGCCCCAGCCCCACGAGCGAGCCCUGCUCGUGGCCUUCUCCCGCACCCAGAGGCAGGAGAAUCUCUUCAAGGAGAUCCGGGAUAAGAUCAAGGCCCUGGGCAGCCCCCCAUUCCUGGAGCCCCCUGAUCCUGGCCAGGAGGUGUAUCCCAAGCGGAGGAAGAGAAGGACCACAAUUGCUGCCCGGUCUGGGGGCAGGGGCCACGGGAAGAAGGCGAAGACCCGCUGCAGCAGGAAGCCCCUGCACGUGAACUUCAAGGAGCUGGGCUGGGAUGACUGGAUAAUCGCCCCCCUGGAUUAUGAGGCAUAUCACUGUGAGGGGGUCUGCGACUUCCCCCUGCGCUCCCACCUGGAGCCCACCAACCAUGCCAUUAUUCAGACCCUGAUGAACUCCAUGGACCCAGAAUCCACCCCCCCAAGCUGCUGUGUGCCCUCCAAGCUCAGCCCCAUCAGCAUCCUCUACAUAGACUCUGGGAACAAUGUGGUUUACAAACAGUACGAGGACAUGGUCGUGGAGACAUGUGGCUGCAGGUAGCAAUUUCUGCAGCUCUCCUCCUCCCCACCCCUCCCUGCCCUGCCCAGCAGCCCUGCCCCAUUUUAUAUAUAUAAAUAUAGAUAUAUAUAUAUAUAUAAAAAAAAAUAUAUAUAUACAUACACAUUUUGGUGUGUGCCUUUCCAAAAGCCAAGCUCAGAGCAGGUGUCCCUUGCCUUCCCUGGGCCACCCUGGCCCAGGGCUGUGAGGCUCACACCCCCUGAGGCUGUGAGGCUGAUGCCAUCUCUGUGCCUUGCCUGCUUCCCAUGGGAAGGGGGGGUACACAGACUGGCAGAGCCCCCAGGAAAUGCCUGUUCUGCCUAUGAGCUCUGCCUGCUGGGCUUGGUUUUCCCAGGUGGAGCUGACACUUUCUUUCCCAAAGGUUUUGGAAAAUGUCUGGCCAAAAUUGUCUUGGUGGGAAUGAUGACCUGGGGUUGGGGGCAGACGGAGUGGUGGCUGCGGGAGAGGAGUCUUGUCAGCAUCACCUUCUGGCUGGGGCAGUGGGAUGGAGGUGAGGUGGGAAUGCUCAUUUAUUUGAGUUAAAAGAGGUUUUCUGUCUGCCUUCAAAUCACCAUCCCAGGUUUUAUGGUGGAAAAACGAGGGAUCCCUGGGGGAAGGCAGGGGAUGGAGAACCCGUGGCUGCUGGGUGUUGAAAUCGUUUGGUCCAGGCCUGCUUGUAGUGGGGAGAGAUUUGUGAGUCUGCUGGUGGGGGCAGAAAAGAAGGUCCUUGUAACUGGAGGCUAAAGCAAGAGUCAGGUCUGAAGUAGAGCUCGUGCUGUCGAAAAGAUGGGAAUGGUCGUGGGAGGUGUUAGCUGGGGAUGCCCUUGCUCCAUGUAGUCCUAAGUGCUGGCCCUGUUGUUAAUAUCCUGCAGGAGGUAUUGGCUGGUGGGUCCCCUCCCUUUCGUGCACAAAACCUCAUUCCCAAGGCAUAGUGGGAACUCGGCAUCAGGCCCACAAGUCACACAGCCGUCCUCAGCAUGUCUGGAGAGAAACAAAGGUCCUGAGUUCCCCAGGGAAGAGCCAUUUCGCUCGGGUUCUUCUUUUUCCAAAUAAUCUCUAUAAAAGCACUUAGCUCCACCCUAUCGUCCUUUGGCAUCGAUUUCCCAGUGAGCUCCAUCCCUCCUUGGAGCACCGGCCUGUCCCUACUCCAUUAAGGGAGCCCAGAUCUGCCAGGAACAGACCUUUCCUAUGCUGUGGGCUGAAUGUCACCCUUAGAGACUGCUACAUAAAAUGGGGUGCUUUGACCCAUGCUGAAAGGGCUGCAGGAUUUUAGGAACUCAGGAGCUGAGUAUAAAUUAUGCCUUUAAAUCAGAGAAACCUCGUAUCCAUGACAGGGUGUGUUUUGGAUGCUGGGAAGUGUUUCUGCUGCACCUCGGUGGCUUUUAGUACCACACUCCAGCUUCAUGGCUUAGUUGGCACCAUCCACAGAUGUAUUUGCACAGACUUUGUGUUUGAUGGUUUGUUUUUUUACUGGUGGUCAGAGUGUUGGCGUGUAAACAUCAGUGCUUAUUAGUGACAGUAGUUUGCUUUUGGAGGAGAUAAAUCCCUGCUGAAAAACGUGGCGUUUUCCCUAUAUAAAAUGAGUUGUCCUCCAUGGCAGGGGUGUUCUUCUGGGAAGUCUGGGCCUGGCUGGGGCAGAGAGGGGGUCACCUCAAAGAACUCUACUGAGAUCCAAAUGAUUUCAAGGAUCAGAAAAGCCUUGGUGAGGUCCAACAGCCGCUUCCUCACAAGAAAAUAGUGCAUCAGAAGGGAGUAAAUUGUGCACACUGAUAAUGGUGAUAAAUCCACUGAACUAACACCCCCCAGCUUCCCUCUAUCCUCAUCCAUAGAGGAUUGCUCUGCAUCCUCAGGCUGUGGUUGGUGGCAACUCAGGAGAGCAAAUGUGGUACCCAUAAAUCUCGUGUAACCCCCUUGACUCCCAUGGAGCUCCUCUGACUUUACAUCCAUGUAACCAAGAGGAAAAACCAUCUCCCUACCUCAGCAUAAAUAUAAAUAUAUAUUAAUGAUGUAACUGUUCCCAGGGGGAUGCUCAGAGAUGGAGGUUGGUAGGGGAGAGGAAGAAUCAGGUCCAUGCAGGUGAGUUUUCUCCUUGCUGGUGUCUGGGGAGGCUGAGAUGCAACUAGUUGGUGAGGAGGGGUCGUCAGGAGGGCUGGUGGCUUUCCUCUGCCCUUUGGCUUUAGCACAGAUGGUUUGGGAAGGAGGUUGGCACAGCAGUGCCUGAGCUGCUUGCUCUGGAAACACCACACCAUUUAUAAAGUAACCAAGCUUUUGAAGUGCCUAAUUUUUCAAUUGUUUGAUAGUUUUUCUCACUGCUGAGACAAUAUUUUUUAAUGUUUUUGUUUCUUUUACCCCCUCUCCUUUCUGCAAAUAUUUGCGGUGGAGGUUUGUGGGCAGUUCAAAUCCAGGCAAGAUAUAUAUAGCUCCUGACAGCCCCCGCUGGCUGGUGGCUCUUGUGAGCCUCAGCCAAAAGGUUGGCCUGAGACCUGCUCCUGUGGGACCAAGUCCAAGGGGGUGUUAAUACCAGUGACUCUCGGUUCUUGUGGCUUUUGUUCAUCCACAACUGCAGGGAACAGAGAGAUGUCACGCACCUCAGGCCUGGAGGUGGCUGACGGGGAGCAGGGUGAUGGGUUGGGUCUUGCAGUGCUUCACCCCGACCCCAGUGCUGUGUGCUGUGCACUGUGCUCUGCUGAGGCUCUGUCCUGAAUCCCACCGUGGCUUUGCUGGUCCUGGGGGGAAGAGCAGUGGCUCAGUCAUUGCAGUUUUGUAGCGUGGAUCACUACAGUAAAUGAAGAAGAUUUGGUGAGAGCGCAGAGGCCGCUGCUGGCAGUGAUGCCAUCCAUGGUUUUGCCCAUGUGGGAAUCAGUCCUGGCUCUCCUGGCUGCAGGUACCUCUUCCAGAACAGGCGUGUUUGGUGGGACAGCAAACUUCAGCCCCCUGAGGUGAGCCCAGCAGCAGUGGGGCCCUUUGUGCUCUCACCCCUGGUGACACUGCUGUGCCAGCUGCUCUUCUAAAGGAGCACCUGUUCCCUUCCUGGGCAGACAACCUCUGGAGGACAGCAGGAGGGAAAAGGAUGGAGUCAGACCCUCUUUCUGUUUGCCUCAGGAGAUGGAAGGCAGCCAGGGGCUGCUCCAAGGGGAUGUGUGGGGCAAGGCUGAAGGGGAGCGGGGCUGGGGCUCUUGGUAGGUAACUGUGUUGCUCCCCCUGGGAAAGUGCAUCAGCCUCACUGCUCAGCUGUUGCAUUGCUUAUUGCUCCCAGAGGAGUGUUUCCAGAGCAAAAGCACCACUUCUCCCUUUAUGGAUCCCUGCAUGCCAACUGCAAGGGCUGCCUGUCCAUCCCCAUGUAGAUUUGGAGAUUGCACCCAAACGCUGGAAUGAGGCUUGGGCAACAACCAUCGGAGCCAUUGCAAAUGUUUAGAGGUUUAGAUUAGAUAUUAGGAAAAAAAAUUCAUGGAAAGGGUUGUAAAGCAUUGGAACAGACUGCCCAGGGAGGUAGUAGAGUUGCCAUCCCUUGAAGUGUUCAAAAAAUGUGUGGAUAAGGCACUUGAGGAGACAGUUUCAUGGUGAACAUGGUGGUGGUGCUGGGCUGACAGUAGGACUUGAUGGUCUUUUCCAGCCUUAAUGAUUCUAUGACUCUCAAUGGAAGUGGUGGGUGUGAAAGCCUUUUCCAGGCAGGGAGGUUCCCUCACCUGAGUUGUUGCAGCCCUGCCAUGUUGGGGAGCAACACAGGGACAUGUCAGCAAAGGGCAUGAAGCAGUAAAUCCUGCCUGUGGAGGCAGGUAAGUGGGGCACUGGCUGCAGAAUGGCGGCAGCCCAGUCCAGCCCUCAUCUCUGAAGCUGGUCCUCGGCUGAGCAUCACCCUCUAAUGCCAUAGAAAUAGUCCAGGAAAAAUGUAUUUCUGAUCAGUUGCCUCUUGCCUGAGCUGAUUUUUGGCCACAUGUAAACUUUAUAAAUAUGAGACUAGAGGUUGAACAUGGACAAAUAUGAAUUCAGUAGGCUCAGAGUGAUUUUAAUGGAUAAUUAUAGGUUCUUAUUCUGCAGUAUUUAUACAACCUUUCCAGUUAAAAAAAAAACACAACAGUUUCCAUGCAGUGUAUAUUCUCCUGGAGGAUUUGUUUGACCUUGGGCACCAUUUUUAUCCGCAGGAUAUAAUUACAGUGAAACUAGAAAUAUUAAGCAUUUGAAAAAGACUAUGUAUCUAUGCUUAACUGACUCCUUCCCCUCAGACACUGGAAUGUAAUCGUGCAGGAGCAGGGAAACAUGGACCAAUCCCAUUUAACUUGGAAGCACUGGGACUGUGAUUCAGGGAAGCACACCUGCUUGGGACAGGACUGGUGUGUGUGCCUUGAGCUCUGUAAAACCAAAGCCUGUGCUUAAGCCAUUGCCUGCACUACGUCCUGAAGCCCCCUGUCCAGUGGAGCUCCACAGCAGGAAUAGUCAAAAGCAAAAUGGCUUUAUGCCUAGUUUAACUGCCUAGUGACCAGGGGUGCUUCUGGCCUAGAAAUAAUUCCCCAUAAUCACAGAUUUCAUCCUUUAUUCUUUUAAGGAAUAAUUAAUUUUUAAUUCUCUUAAAAUAGGGGUUUUGUCUAACCACACACCCCAUUUUUUUUUAACGUAUUUCAAAUCCAAUGAUAGAAGGGAAAUAACUAUCCUCUGGAAGAGAGAAGGGUGUUCAUAUGGAAAAGGGCUUGAUUCAGGCUUGUAGCAUCUUCUCCCUGGCAUAGUUGUGUUGAUUCUGGUCAGCACUGGCAGACAGAACCACGUUUUCUUUGCCUGUUGGCUGAUGCUUGGCAUACUCAUAAGGAAAAGACUGCAAAGGUAUUGAAAGUGAAGCCCAGGCCUUGAGCCCUCUGCUCAAGUUCGAGUGCCAGUGACUCCUGGGUGUUUUUGCACUGUGUGGGUUUUAACUCAGGUUGUGGUUACACAGCUGUCACUGGGUGAUGCUGCAUUGAUUUAUCGGUCACACUCCUGUCGCAAAACAAGCAGCUCCUUUUACAGUUUUAAGCCUUAUGCCACAAACCCAAAAGUGGUAUUUAGGGACAGUCACCUGUGCUGGCCCCCACGUAACAGCAGGCACAAGCUCUGCUGUUGGCAGCACUGCCUCUCCAGGGAGAGACAGAGAGGCUGAGGCAUCACUUAGGACCCCUGGGGGAUCUGGGUCCCAGAGGGCCACAGCAGGGCAAAUGGAGCAGAGCACCUUGGAGUGUUGAUGGGGUGCCACAGCUUUGGUCUCCAGACUUAACAGGAGUUUUGCCGUGAGCCUCGACUUUUUGUGCUUGUCUUGAUAGCAGCAUUUGCAGUUACAUCAAAACCCCCAUGACCUAUGUUAAUGUGACAGAUACGUCAUAAAUACCAGUCCAGCUCAUACUCUUAUUGGAACAAACCUGGUGGGAAAUGUCAAAGUUUCCUGCCAAGCAUGUAGUGAGCUCUGAAAUCCAAGUGCCUUCUCUUUUGUCUGUGGUAGAGCAGCAGGGCCAUGUGCCAGGGAGAAAAAAAACUAAGUGGGGCAACAGCAAUGAGAGUCUGGGUAUUUCAGAGAGGUUGUCACCUGAAAUGGGGCGGUACCACUGGGUUUGAAAGAUGGUCAGACAGAAGGGCUGUCACAUGAACCUUGGCUGGGUGGUCCCACCACAUUGCUUGCUGUGUCCCCUGUCCUGUGUGCAACUAGAGUUAUGGUGUGAAUUUUUCUCUCUUCACAUCACACUCUGGGAGGUGAGUGGGUGGGAAAACCUGUGUGGGCAAAACCAAGCACUGGUCUUUGAGAGCAGUGUGGUUCUUCUUUUAAGUCACCAUGACCAGCAGAUGGAGAGACUACGUGUGUCUCACUGGAAUUAGAGCAGCUCUUCUGGCAUCAGGGAUCCCUUUAUGGCUAUGUGGGGCCUGAAUGGAGAUGCUGGGUGGCAGGAGCAGAGUGUAGCAGUAUGCUCACUGUGGGAGUGCAUCCUCCCUGAAAACACAACAAGGAGAGGAGUUGGGGGCUAACUGUUCAUGGACGAGGUGUUUGUGAUGGUCAGGAGCUUGUGACCUCAUGUGGUGGUGGGAGAGUUUUAUCUUUGAAUUAAUGAGUGGUAAAAGAGCAAGGUGUUCCACCAGGCUGGUGUGUGUGACACCUUUCAACUUUGUCAUAAACUGGUUUAUGUCUUUCAAGGUAAAACCAGCUGCAUUCAGCUUUUUGAAGCUCUUUAUUCCUAGUACAGAGUGUUGUGAGAUACAUAGA